AUGUCAGUUGAUCGAGAAAACAAUGAUGGGAUUGAUGAUGAAAUAGCUGCACCAAAGAACACAAAACCGUUACCUGAAGAAAAGCUUAACAGUAUUCGCCCAUUUAUCGGGAAAGAAUUUGAAUCACAAGAUGAAGCCUACGAUUUCUAUAACCGGUAUACAGAUGCUAAAUCAAGGAUGGAUUAUUACUAUUUUGGCGACGUAGUUUGUUUUGAUCCUACCUAUAGUACAAAUAGGUACGACAUGCCAUUCGUUCCAAUAGUGGGAGUUAAUCAUCAUUAUCAAACUGUAUUGUUUGGUGGCGCUUUGCUUUAUUCUCAAAGUGAGGAAUCAUUUGAAUGGGUAAUGAAAACAUGGAUGAGGGCGAUGCACGGCAAAGCACCGAAAGUUAUUCUUACAAAUCAAGAAUCAGCUGUUGGAUGUGCUAUAGCACAUGUUCUUCCAGGUACGCGUCACAAAUUUUUCUUAUGGCAUAUAUGUCGAAAUGCUAUGAAAAAUUUGUCGAAUGUAACAAAAGAAUUCGUUUCAGAAUUUAACAAGUGCUUAUAUGGAUAUGAAAGGAUAGAAGAGUUUGAUCUAGGUUGGGCUACGAUGCUUAAAAAUCAUAAUUUGGAAAAAAACAAAUGGUUAUCAACAUUAUACGGUAAACGUGAAUGCUGGGAUUCAGUUUACACGCGUGACAUAUUUUGUGCAGAUAUGUAUACAACACAAAGAAGUGAGAGUAUCAAUUCUUAUUUUGAUGGAUUUUUAAGAAGAGAUAUGCCUUUGUGUGAAUUUGUCUGGCAGUUUCUAAGAGCAGUAGUUGCAAGAAGAGAGGUUGAAAACAGUAUGGACUAUGAUACAAUAUACAGAAGGCCAGUUUUUAGAUUUGGGAUGUCUAUUGAGGAAGAUGCAGCUUUGGUGUACACAAAAACAAUUUAUGCUAAAUUCCUAGAACAGUUAACUGCAUGUUUUAUAUAUUCUCAUGAAAUGGUGGACAAAAGUGGAACAAUGUCGACUUAUAAAUUAUCCGGGCAGGGAUAUGAGCAUAAAUUCCGGACAGUGAUAUAUGACUUUUCUAGUAAGAGUGCCCAAUGCAGCUGUCUGUUAUAUGAAUUUGCUGGUUAUUUGUGUAGACACAUAUUAAGGGUUUUCGUAGUCGAGAAUGUUCAAAAUCUUCCAUCUCAACAUGUACUGCGACGGUGGACCAAAGAUGCUAAAGUCGGACAAGUGGUGUUUGACCAAGGUGAAGAAAUUGUAGUUGAUUGUCAGGAUACGGUUACAGUCAGAUAUAGUAAACUCUGUCAAGAUGCGAUCAAUAUUGCAGUUAAAGGUUCGACAUCAAUCCCGGUAUAUAACGUGGCAGUGCAAGUGUUACAAAAUGCUUUAAUGGAAAUUGAGAAAGCUAUAAAAUCUUCUCAAGUAAAUACUGGCGGACAACCUGAUGUUACACAAUAUGAGAAUAUUACAAGCCAUGAAGAAAUUAUACAGAACCAGCCAAAUUUUCGCAGAUUAUUGAAAGAACCACCGAUUGUAAAGCGUAAAGGAAAACCUGGUAGAAGGAAGUCAUGGAUUGACAUGCUCAACAGGAAUCGAAAGGAAAAGGAAACGAAGGGAGAAACAUGA